AUGUUGCUACAGGACGGCACACCAAGCGAGGACGGCACACCAAGCGAGGACGGCACACCAAGCGAGGACGGCACACCAAGCAAGGACGGCACACCAAGCGAGGACGGCACACCAAGCGAGGACGGCACACCAAGCGAGGACGGCACACCAAGCGAGGACGGCACACCAAGCGAGGACGGCACACCAAGCGAGGACGGCACACCAAGCGAGGACGGCACACCAAGCGAGGACGGCACACCAAGCGAGGACGGCACACCAAGUGAGGACGGCACACCAUUCGAGGAUGGCACACCAAGCGAGGACGGCACACCAUUCGAGGACGGCACACCAUUCGAGGACGGCACACCAUUCGAGGACGGCACACCAUUCGAGGACGGCACACCAUUCGAGGACAGCACACCAUUCGAGGACGGCACACCAUUCGAGGACGGCACACCAUUCGAGGACGGCACUCCAUUCGAGGACGGCACACCAUUCGAGGACGACACACCAUUCGAGGACG